AUGUGUAGGGGUUGUCCCCCUAUCAUUCUUGGCGGUCUUACCUUAUCCUAUCCUCGCAACGUCAGGGGAUUGCCUCCUCGGUUGCAGAGCCCUGGAUGUGUAGGGGUUGUCCCCCUAUCAUUCUUGGCGGUCUUACCUUAUCCUAUCCUCGCAACGUCAGGGGAUUGCCUCCUCGGUUGCAGAGCCCUGGAUGGGAUUGCCUCCUCGGUUGCAGAGCCCUGGAUGUGUAGGGGUUGUCCCCCUAUCAUUCUUGGCGGUCUUACCUUAUCCUAUCCUCGCAACGUCAGGGGAUUGCCUCCUCGGUUGCAGAGCCCUGGAUGUGUAGGGGUUGUCCCCCUAUCAUUCUUGGCGGUCUUACCUUAUCCUAUCCUCGCAACGUCAGGGGAUUGCCUCCUCGGUUGCAGAGCCCUGGAUGGGAUUGCCUCCUCGGUUGCAGAGCCCUGGAUGUGUAGGGGUUGUCCCCCUAUCAUUCUUGGCGGUCUUACCUUAUCCUAUCCUCGCAACGUCAGGGGAUUGCCUCCUCGGUUGCAGAGCCCUGGAUGUGUAGGGGUUGUCCCCCUAUCAUUCUUGGCGGUCUUACCUUAUCCUAUCCUCGCAAUGUCAGGGGAUUGCCUCCUCGGUUGCAGAGCCCUGGAUGUGUAG